AUGGUGCUGCACCGGGUGAUCCAGGCAGCCCGGGCAGGCGAUCUCUCAGCCCUGAGGAAGCUCUCCUCCUCUGGGUGCCUCACGGUCUCAGCCUCCAUCACAGACGCCCAGGGGGCCGGCCCGGUGCACCACGCCGCGCGAUGCGGCCGCUUGGAAUGCCUGCGCUACCUGGUGGUGGAGGUGGGGCUGGCGGCCGAUGCCCGGGCCCUGAACAGAGCCACACCCGCCCACGACGCUGCCGCCACUGGCCACGCCCGGGAACUGCAGUGGCUGGUGAACCAAGGGGGCUGCAACAUAGAGGUGAGUCUGGUUGAGACACUGAGGGUGGACCAGAGAGUUACAACAUAGAGGUGAGCCUGGUUGAGACACUGAGGGGACUGGAGAGAGGUGGAGAUAAGUGGGUGUAGUUGUUGCCCUCAUACAUGAAUGUAAAGUCCCAUGGCGUCUAGCCAGCAGCCAUGUAUCAGGACAAGGAUUACACGGAGCAGCGUGAAGACCAGUUUAGAUGAGUCCAUGGUACCUGGACUUCCCAGGGGUCUUGUCUCGUUCUCUGCACAUGUUGUGCCUCAUGAAUGUGAUGCUUAACCAUCAGACUGUACUGCAUGUAAACACUAACCCAAAGUCACAUGGCUUCUGACCGUUGGGGUUCUUAAUGACCGUGCUCCUAGAAUAGAGGGUUACGUUGGGGUUCUUAAUGACCGUGCUCCUAGAAUAGAGGGUUACGUUGGGGUUCUUAAUGACCGUGCUCCUAGAAUAGAGGGUUACGUUGGGGUUCUUAAUGACCGUGCUCCUAGAAUAGAGGGUUACGUUGGGGUUCUUAAUGACCGUGCUCCUAGAAUAGAGGGUUAAGUUGGGGUUCUUAAUGACCGUGCUCCUAGAAUAGAGGGUUACGUUGGGGUUCUUAAUGACCGUGCUCCUAGAAUAGAGGGUUACGUUGGGGUUCUUAAUGACCGUGCUCCUAAAAUAGAGGGUUACGGUGGGGUUCUUAAUGACCGUGCUCCUAAAACAGAGGGUUACGGUGGGGUUCUUAAUGACCGUGCUCCUAGAAUAGAGGGUUACGUUGGGGUUCUUAAUGACCGUGCUCCUAAAACAGAGGGUGACGUUGUGUCAGUUGGCGUUCCAGAUGACUGGUCACUAUCUGGUGUGUCAGUUGGCGUUCCAGAUGAUUGGUCACUAUCUGGUGUGUCAGUUGGCGUUCCAGAUGAUUGGUCACUAUCUGUUGUGUCAGUUGGCGUUCCAGAUGAUUGGUCACUAUCUGGUGUGUCAGUUGGCGUUCCAGAUGACUGGUCACUAUCUGGUGUGUCAGUUGGCGUUCCAGAUGAUUGGUCACUAUCUGGUGUGUCAGUUGGCGUUCCAGAUGACUGGUCACUAUCGGGUGUGUCAGUUGGCGUUCCAGAUGAUUGGUCACUAUCUGGUGUGUCAGUUGGCGUUCCAGAUGACUGGUCACUAUCUGGUGUGUCAGUUGGCGUUCCAGAUGAUUGGUCACUAUCUGGUGUGUCAGUUGGCGUUCCAGAUGAUUGGUCACUAUCUGGUGUGUCAGUUGGCGUUCCAGAUGACUGGUCACUAUCUGGUGUGUCAGUUGGCGUUCCAGAUGAUUGGUCACUAUCUGGUGUGUCAGUUGGCGUUCCAGAUGACUGGUCACUAUCGGGUUUGUGUCAGUUGGCGUUCCAGAUGAUUGGUCACUAUCGGUGUGUCAGUUGGCGUUCCAGAUGAUGGUCACUAUCUGGUGUGUCAGUUGGCGUUCCAGAUGACUGGUCACUAUCUGGUGUGUCAGUUGGCGUUCCAGAUGACUGGUCACUAUCUGGUGGUCAGUUGGCGUUCCAGAUAUGGUCAUAUCUGGUGUGUCAGUUGGCGUUCCAGAUGAUGGUCCUAUCUGGUGUGUCAGUUGGCGUUCCAGAUGAUGGUCACUAUCUGGUUGUGUCAGUUGGCGUUCCAGAUGACUGGUCACUAUCUGGUGUGUCAUUGGCGUUCCGAUGAUGGUCACAUCUGGUGUGUCAUUUGGCGUUCCAGAUGCUGGUCACUAUCUGGGUGUGUCAGUUGGCGUUCCAGAUGACUGGUCACUAUCUGGUGUGUCAGUUUGGGCGUUCCAGAUGACUGGUCACUAUCUGGUGUGUCAGUUGGCGUUCCAGAUGACUGGUCACUAUCUGGUGUGUCAGUUGGCGUUCCAGAUGAUUGGUCACUAUCUGGUGUGUCAGUUGGCGUUCCAGAUGACUGGUCACUAUCUGGUGUGUCAGUUGGCGUUCCAGAUGAUUGGUCACUAUCUGGUGUGGGUCCAGUUGGCCGUUCCAGAUUACUGGUCACUAUCUGGUGUGGCGUUACUUUGUUGUCCAGUAGUAUUAUCUCUCUCUCCUCCCCCUUUCUCUCUUCUCUCUCUCUCCUCCCCUUUUCCCUCUUCUCUCUCUCUCCUCCCCCUUUCUCUCUCUCUCUCUCUCCUCCCCUUUUCCCUCUUGUCUCCUCCCCCUUCUCUCUUCUCUCUCUCUCCUCCCCCUUUCUCUCUUCUCUCUCCUCCUCCCCCUUUCUCUCUUCUCUCUCUCUCCUCCCCCUUCUCUCUUCUCUCUCUCUCCUCCCCCUUCUCUCUUCUCCCUCUCUCUCCUUCCCCCUUCUCUCUUCUCUCCUCUCCUCCCCGCUUCUCGCUUUCUCUCUCCUCCUCCCCCUAUUACUCUUCCCUCUCUCCUCCCCCUGCUCUCUCUCCUCCUCUCCGCUAGCCCUUCGACUCGUGUCUCUCAUCAUGCCUCGCCAUCUCAUCCUCUGCCUCCGCACACUUCUCUCUUCUCUCAGCCUCCGUCCCACGCUCCAUCUGUUCUCUCUCAAUCCUGACUCCCACGCGCGUCCUCUCUGCUUCCCACUUCUAGUCUUCUCUCGGAUCCAUCCCCAGCUUCUCUCUAUACUCUCAUGCUCCUACCCCCGUGCUCGUCUUGCUCAUACUCGUCGCUGCCCCUUCUCUCUCCCUCUACUCACUAAAUACCUCUGCUCUCGCCCACCCCCUUUCUCUCUUUCUCUCUCUCUCCUCCCCCAUUGCUCGUCUCCCCGUCCCCCUUCCCUUCUUCUCAGUCUGCUCUCCCAUCCGCCCGAGUUCUCUCUGUCUCUCUCUCUCCUCCCCCUUCUCUCUUCUCUCUCUCUCCUCCCCCUUCUCUCUUCUCUCUCUCUCCUCCCCCUUCUCUCUUCUCUCUCUCUCCUCCCCCUCUCUCUUCUCGCUCCUCCCCCUUCUCUCUCUCUCCUCCCCUUUCCCCUCUCUCUCUCUCCUCCCCCUUCCUCUUCUCUCUUCUCUCCUCUCCUCCCCCCUUCUCUCUCUCUCCUCCUCCCCUUCUCUCUUUCUCUCCUCUCCCCCCUUUUCUCUCUCUCUCUCUCUUCCCUUUCUCUCUCUCUCUCUCUCCCCCUUUCUCUCUUCUCUCUCUCUCUCUCCUCUUCCUUCUCUCUCUCUCCCCUCUUCCCCUCUCUCCUCCCCCUUUCUCCCUUCUCUCUCUCUCUCCUCCCCCCCUUUCUUCCUCUCUCUCUCUCUCUCUCCUCCCCUUUCCUCUCUUCUCUCUCUCCUCCCCUUUCUCGUUCUCUCGCUCCUCCCCCUUUCUCUUUCUCUCUCUCCUCCCCCCUUUCUCUCUUUUUUCUCUCUCUUCCUCCCCCUUUCUCUUUCUCUCUCUCUCCUCCCCCUUUCUCUCUUCCCCCUCUCUCCCGUCUCGCUCUCCCUCCCUCCCUCUCCCUGCUAAAAAUAUUUUCGUUGACAGUAGUGUGUAAGUCAACCCCCCUCAUAGGUUCUAUUUCAGUUCUUUCUCACCCUAACUCAAACCGGCCCGUCUCAACAUCACCGACCUCUUGAUCUCAUUUAAAUACAGCUGCUCCAAGUUAAAGAACACGUUCAGAGUCCCUGGUUAUUGUUCAGACAAAGUGAUAACAUUAUUCUUGGUUGGUGGUCUCUCCCAUAGAGGGGACCUGUAUUGCUCCAGCCUAUUGUGCUUCACAACGGGAGGUGAAAAGGGCAAGAAUAUGUUUAAAUCAUUCAUUAACAUUCCCUUACAUGAUUGAAGAUGUAUUAAUCUGAUUAUGCUGUACUCAACUGGGUGGGAGUAAGUGAUCUGUAAGCUUUAGGUUUGAUAGAUGUUCAUAUGCCAAUAGGGGUGUUCAGACAGUUGACCCCUAGGAUUAUGUUCUUGUGAUGAUGUCAUAAUAUGAUUGGCUUCUUGGAUGGAUUUUCAUAACAUGUCUUUGUGCUCUGUGUUGAUACAGUAGAACCAUUAUGAAUAGAUCUCUGGGUCUGUUUUGUUUUCUAGCCGUAAUAUAUUACAGUAUGCAGACAUAUCUAUGGUUGUGUGUGUAAAUGUGCAAGGUAAAUCAAUCCUUAAAAUAAUUUGGUAACACUGUACUUAAAACCUGCAGGUAUAAUGCAUUAUGAUGCCGUUAUAACACAUUCAUAAGACUGUCAUGAUAAUGUAUGUCUUCUAAUCAUCUCAUCCUGACUUAAUCCAAGCUAUUGAUUUGUGUCUCUCUCUCUGGUUGUUUGUAGGACCAGGAUGCAGCCGGGGCGACAGCGCUCCAUCUCGCAGCCCGGUUCGGACGGGUAGAGGUCGUCCAUUGGCUGCUGUUGGUUGGGGGCGUGGCCGAGGAGACGACAGACUGUGGGGCAGUCCCCGCCCAUUACGCUGCUGCCAAGGGAGACCUUACCUGUCUGAAACUACUGGUCCACCAAGCACCUGGGUAGGACCAAAGAUGAACAACAUGUAUGGAUAGGACUGCUGCCUCUACACGUCUAUCCAGUCAAUGUGUUGGAUGGUUGAUUGUUGUCACUGCUUGUCUUACAGUGGUCAUAGUGGAGAAUAUAGUCCUCAUUGUCCUACAGUGGUCAUAGUGGAGAAUAUAGUCCUCAUUGUCCUACAGUGGUCAUAGUGGAGAAUAUAGUCCUCAUUGUCAUAGUGGAGAAUAUAGUCCUCAUUGUCCUAGUGGUCAUAGUGGAGAAUAUAGUCCUCAUUGUCCUAGUGGUCAUAGUGGAGAAUAUAGUCCUCAUUGUCCUAGUGGUCAUAGUGGAGAAUAUAGUCCUCAUUGUCCUACAGUGGUCAUAGUGGAGAAUAUAGUCCUCAUUGUCAUAGUGGAGAAUAUAGUCCUCAUUGUCCUAGUGGUCAUAGUGGAGAAUAUAGUCCUCAUUGUCCUACAGUGGUCAUAGUGGAGAAUAUAGUCCUCAUUGUCUUACAGUGGUCAUAGUUGAGAAUAUAGUCCUCAUUGUCCUACAGUGGUCAUAGUGGAGAAUAUAGUCCUCAUUGUCCUACAGUGGUCAUAGUGGAGAAUAUAGUCCUCAUUGUCCUAGUGGUCAUAGUGGAGAAUAUAGUCCUCAUUGUCCUAGUGGUCAUAGUGGAGAAUAUAGUCCUCAUUGUCCCACAGUGGUCAUAGUGGAGAAUAUAGUCCUCAUUGUCCUAGUGGUCAUAGUGGAGAAUAUAGUCCUCAUUGUCCUAGUGGUCAUAGUGGAGAAUAUAGUCCUCAUUGUCCUACAGUGGUCAUAGUGGAGAAUAUAGUCCUCAUUGUCCUACAGUGGUCAUAGUGGAGAAUAUAGUCCUCAUUGUCCUACAGUGGUCAUAGUGGAGAAUAUAGUCCUCAUUGUCCUACAGUGGUCAUAGUGGAGAAUAUAGUCCUCAUUGUCCCACAGUGGUCAUAGUGGAGAAUAUAGUCCUCAUUGUCCUACAGUGGUCAUAGUGGAGAAUAUAGUCCUCAUUGUCCUACAGUGGUCAUAGUGGAGAAUAUAGUCCUCAUUGUCCUACAGUGGUCAUAGUGGAGAAUAUAGUCCUCAUUGUCCUACAGUGGUCAUAGUGGAGAAUAUAGUCCUCAUUGUCCCACAGUGGUCAUAGUGGAGAAUAUAGUCCUCAUUGUCCUACAGUGGUCAUAGUGGAGAAUAUAGUCCUCAUUGUCCUACAGUGGUCAUAGUGGAGAAUAUAGUCCUCAUUGUCCCACAGUGGUCAUAGUGGAGAAUAUAGUCCUCAUUGUCCUAGUGGUCAUAGUGGAGAAUAUAGUCCUCAUUGUCCUACAGUGGUCAUAGUGGAGAAUAUAGUCCUCAUUGUCCUACAGUGGUCAUAGUGUAUUUGUUGAUUGAACAGGAAGUAGUGGUGGUAAGACAUGAUGAACCCUAACCUUAAGUUGACCCAGAGAGGUAACCACAGGGUAUCCCAUGACUCCUCUCACUCUGCCCCGCUGACAUGUGAUCGCCAGGGCAUGGGACACACACACGACCCAUCCAGGUCAGCCACCUCGAAACCCCACAGAGAUUCACACACGAUGGGUGAUGGCACCAUGGCAACCAUGCCACUCUACUUUGUUUCAUUCAGGGGGUUAGGUUAGGUUAGAGCCAGGUUAGGGUAGGUUAAGGCCGGGCCAGGUUAAGUUAAGGCCAGGUCAGGUUAGGUUAGGUUAAGGCCAGUUUAGGUUAGGUUAAGGCCAAGUUAGGGCCAGGUUAGGUUAGGUUAACGUUAGGUUAGGGUUAGGUUAAGGUCAGGUCAGGUUAGGUUAAGGUUAGGUUAAGGUUAGGUUAAGGCCAGGUCAGGUUAAGGCCAGGUCAGGUCAGGUUAGGUUAAGGCCAGGUCAGGUUAAGGCCAGGUCAGGUUAGGUUAAGGCCAGGCUAGGUUAAGGCCAGGUCAGGUUAAGUUAACGUUAGGUUAGGGCUAGGUUAAGGUCAGGUCAGGUUAGGUUAAGGUUAGGUUAAGGUUAGGUUAAGGCCAGGUCAGGUUAAGGCCAGGUCAGGUUAGGUUAGGUUAAGGCCAGGUUAGGUUAAAGUUAAGGUUAGGUUAAGGCCAGGUCAGGUUAGGUUAAGGCCAGGUCAUGUUAGGUUAAGAUUAGGUUAGGUUAAGGUUAGGUUAGGGCCAGGUUAAGGCCAGGUUAGGUUAAGGCCAGGUCAGGUUAGGUUAGGUUAGGUUAAGGCCAGGUUAGGGUUAACCUGGCCGUAACCUAGCCUGGCCUUAACCUAUCCUAACCUGGCCUUAACCUAACCUGGCCCUAACCUAUCCUAACCUGGCCUUAACCUAACCUAACCUGGCCUUAACCUAACCUAUCCUAAACUGGCCUUAACCUAACCUGGCCCUAACCUAACCUAACCUGACCUUUUAACCUAAUGUUAACAUUACUGUAUAACUGUAGUUGUAUAAAGUAUUAUCUGCCACUAACAUUACUGUAUAACUGUAGUUUUAUAAUGUAUUAUCUGCCCACUAACAUUACUGUAUAACUGUAGUUUUAUAAUGUAUUAUCUGCCCACUAACAUUACUGUGUAACUGGAGUUGUAUAAUGUACAUUCUGGUGUCAUCUUCACGAUGCCUCCCUGUGUGUUUCUUCCACCAGGUGUGUGAACCGUCAGACCGGAAUCGGUGCCACCCCUCUGUACCUGGCGUGUCAGGAGGGCCACCUGCAUGUAGUGGAGUACCUGGUGAAGGACUGCGGGUCGGACGUACACCUCAGGGCCCAUGAUGGCAUGACCGGCCUGCACGCUGCUGCACACAUGGGUCACCAUGCCCUGGUGGUCUGGCUGGUAAGUGGACUGCAUGCCAAUAUGCUGUAGAACAGUGUUCCCUCAAACCUCUCCUUGAGUACCCACCAGUUUAUUGCACUUAUUUUAUAUUUUCCAGUACAUAUAUUAUUAUUUAGCCAGAAAUCUUUCUGAUUGAGAGGGGGUCAAAUACUUAUUUCCCUCAUUAAAAUGCAAAUCAAUUUAUAACAUUUUUGACAUGGGUUUUUCUGGAUUUUUUUGUUGUUAUUCUGUCUCUCACUGUUCAAAUAAACCUACCAUUAAAAUUAUAGACUGAUCAUUUCUUUGUCAGUGGGCAAACGUACAAAAUCAGCAGGGGAUCAAAUACUUUUUUCCCUCACUUUAGUAACCAAAAAAGUGUUAAACAAAUCAAAAUAUAUUUUAUAUUUGAGAUUCUUUAACUAGCCACCCUUUGCCUUGAUGACAGCUUUGCACACUCUUGGCAUUCUCUCAACCAGCUUCAUGAGGUAGUAACCUGGAAUGCAUUUCAAUUAACAGAUGUGCCUUCUUAAAAGUUAAUUUGUGGAAUUUCUUUCCUUCUUAAUGCGUUUGAGCCAAUCAGUUGUGUUGUGACAAGGUAGGGGGGGUAUACAGAAGAUAGCCCUAUUUGGUAAAAGACCAAGUCCAUAUUAUGGUAAGAACAGCUCAAAUAAGCAAAGAGAAACGACAGUCCAUCAUUACUUUAAGACAUGAAGGUCAGUCAAUACGGAACAUUUCAAGAACUUUGAACGUUUCUUCAAGUGCAGUCGCAAAAACCAUCAAACGUUAUAAUGAAACUGACUCAUGAGGACCGCCACAGGAAUGGAAGACCCAGAGUUACUUCUGCUGCAGAGGAUAAGUUCAUUAGAGUUACCAGCCUCAUAAAUUGCAACCCAAAAAAAUGCUUCACAGAGUUCAAGUAACAGACACAUCUCAACAUCAACUGUUCAGAGGGGACUGUGUGAAUCAGGCCUCCAUGGUCGAUUUACUGCAAAGAAACCACUACUUAAGGACACCAAUAAGAAGAAGAGACCUGCUUGGGGCAAGAAACAGGAGCAAUGGACAUUAGACCAUUGGAAAUGUGUCCUUUGGUCUGGUGUACAAAUUGAAGAUUUUUGGUUCCAACCGCCUUGGCUUUGUGAGACACGGUGUGGGUGAAUGGAUGAUCUCUGCAUGUGUAGUUCCCACCGUAAAGCAUGGAGGAGGAGGUGUUAUGGUGUGGGGGUGCUUUGCUGGUGACACUGUCUGUGAUUUAUUUAGAAUUCAAGGCACAAUUAACCAGAAUGGCUACCACAGCAUUCUGCAGUGAUACGCCAUCCCAUCUGGUUUGGGCUUAGUGGGACUAUCAUUUGUUUUUCAACAGGACAAUGACACACCUCCAGGCUGUGGAAGGGCUAUUUUACCAAGAAGGAGAGUGAUGGAGUGCUGCAUCAGAUGACUUGGCCUCCACAAUCACCCGACCUCAACCUAAUUGAGAUGGUUUGGGAUGAGUGAAGGAAAAGCAACCAACAAGUGCUCAGCAUAUGUGGGAACUCCUUCAAGACUGUUGAAAAAGCAUUCCAGGUGAAGCUGGUUGAGAGAAUGCCAAGAGUGUGCAAAGCUGUCAUCAAGGCAAAGAGUGGCUACUUUGAAGAAUCUCAAAUAUAAAAUAUAUUUUGAUUUUUUUAACACUUUUUUUGGUUACUACAUGAUUCCAUAUGUGUUAUUUCAUAGUUUUGAUGUCUUCACUAUUAUUCUACAAUGUAGAAAAUAGUAAAAAUAAAGAAAAACCUUUGAAUGAGUAGGUGUGUCCAAACUUUUGACUGGUAGUGUAUAUACACACAUAUACACACACGUUUUAAAAAUAUAUAUUCCUUUAUUAUUUUCCCCUAACCCUACCACCCCUCUCCUAAUUGGAGUAAACUAAUGGACAACAACACUUAGGCUUCUACUUCCAGCUUAUACAUACUAUAUACAUUUUACGGACACAAUGUAUUUUACAAUAGUUAUAUUUUGUUUGUUUUUAACCCCAUCAUUCAGCUACCAUCAACCCCUCCCAUCUAUCUCUGAAGCCAAUCCAGUUUGAGUUCUAUUUUGCGUAUAUUUUUAACUGAGCUGUUUCACAAAAGUUCUGAACCUAUAUACAUUUUACAGACACAGUAUAUUUUACAUUAGUUACUUGUUGUUUUUAAUCCCACCCAUCAGCUCCACCACAGAUGGUAUUAGUUCACUAUGUUGAGUUAUAAGGUCCUGCGACAGACAAGCUUCCUUUCCAGGAGGUGUUCUUAUUCAUCAAAGGCUUACUUACUUAUGUUGAGACAACAUUCUCCUCCCCUGUCAUUUGUCCCUCGCAGGCCACCUUAACAUUCUGGUCUGUUGACAUUUGUAACUCAUAGGCCACCUUCACAGACCUUAGCCUGCAGUGCCAGGACAGGGAGGGGGCGACUGCUCUUCACUUCGCGGCCAGUGGGGGGCACCAUCGCAUCCUGGAGAGGCUGCUCCGCAUGGGGGCAAAGGUCAUCAGAGACUACUGGGGGGGAACCCCUCUACAUGAUGCAGCUGAAAACGGAGAGCUGGAGGUGAGAGAUAUGACAAGAUCAGACUCUCAGAGUAGGAGUGCUGAUCUAGGAUCUGGUCCCCCUUGUCCAUGUAAUCUGAUUCACAGUGGUCUAAAAGUUAAAACUGAUCGUAAAUCAGAACUCCUAACUAUCUACAGUAUAUUGAAGUCAUAGUAACAGAGGUUUGAUUCAGUCUGUUUGCUAACUGUUACCCCUCCUUCUAGUGCUGCAGGAUCCUGUUAGCCAACCAGGUGAGCCCAUCAGAGCAGGACAUAGAUGGGUUCACAGCAGCAGACCUGGCAGAGUACAACGGACACUACGACUGUGCCGGCUACCUCCGAGCCGUGGAGACAUGCGUAAGACCCAAAACCUCUGGCUACCUCCGAGCCGUGGAGACAUGCGUAAGACCCAAAACCUCCGGCUACCUCCGAGCCGUGGAGACAUGCGUAAGACCCAAAACCUCCGGCUACCUCCGAGCCGUGAAGACAUGCAUAAGACCCAAAACCUCCGGCUACCUCCGAGCCGUGGAGACAUGCGUAAGACCCAAAACCUCCGGCUACCUCCGAGCCGUGGAGACAUGCGUAAGACCCAAAACCUCCGGCUACCUCCGAGCCGUGAAGACAUGCGUAAGACCCAAAACCUCCGGCUACCUCCGAGCCGUAGAGACAUUCGUAAGACCCAAAACCUCCGGCUACCUCCGAGCCGUGAAGACAUGCGUAAGACCCAAAACCUCCGGCUACCUCCGAGCCGUAGAGACAUUCGUAAGACCCAAAACCUCCGGCUACCUCCGAGCCGUGAAGACAUGCGUAAGACCCAAAACCUCCGGCUACCUCCGAGCCGUGGAGACAUGCGUAAGACCCAAAACCUCCGGCUACCUCCGAGCCGUGGAGACAUGCGUAAGACCCAAAACCUCCGGCUACCUCCGAGCCGUAGAGACAUGCGUAAGACCCAAAACCUCCGGCUACCUCCGAGCCGUGGAGACAUGCGUAAGACCCAAAACCUCCGGCUACCUCCGAGCCGUGGAGACAUGCGUAAGACCCAAAACCUCCGGCUACCUCCGAGCCGUGAAGACAUGCGUAAGACCCAAAACCUCCGGCUACCUCCGAGCCGUAGAGACAUGCGUAAGACCCAAAACCUCUCCCUUUAUACCAUAUUUCUUAGUUCAGAAUUUAUUUUCUUGUUUUGUGGCCUCUGUAACUGUAUAUUGUUCCCAAGCAUAUUUUUUUGCAUUAGAAUCCAAGUCGGAACAAGCUUUAAAACAUCUAUAAAGAGGAAAACUGUUUGUCUCUUACAGUCGUGUUGUGAUUUGAGACUGUCCGUGUGUCUAGUGUUCAGACCUUAAGCCUUGUUCACACUGCAGGCCUUAAUGCUCAAAUCAGUUUUAUUUUUCAAAAUCCAUUUUGGAAUACGGACUGUCCAAACAGCAAGUUACAAGUGACCAAAUCGGAUUUUGUGUGUGUGUGUGUUCAGACAGCAGUCAUUUGCUGACAUGGCUACGCUAGUUGUCAUAGUAACGACGGGUGCGCGCAGUGGUGUAGGCUGAUUUGGUCAGUGGUGCUCGUGCUUCCUGUCACUCUGAAGUUAUGUAGCAAGCGAAGGUGACAGCAGUGCCUGCCAUGGACGUUUCCCCAGUUGCUUUGAAUGUUCAAAAUGAAAGUGUAAGAGAACUUUUAAACCCUCAAAGGAUAAAGAUGAUCCAACUUUCAAAACGAGUCCUUUUUGGCUAGCCACAGCAGCCAACUAGCUGUUUAGCUUUCUAGCACAUGCGCUCAUUUGUUUGUAAACAAUUAACAAGCUAGUUGGCUACCACAUGUUCUUGUCAAACUGUCAACAGUAGGUAGCAAGCAACAAUAUAUGCCAAAUAACAGUCUAAAAACCACUUGAGUUCAAAUAAAUUCGAUUUGACCGUUCAGACACAAGUCACAUGGCCAGGAAUCAGAUCACUCAAUCAAUCACAUUUUUAUUUAUAAAGCCCUUUUUACAUCAGCAGAUGUCACAAAGUGCUAUACAGAAUCCCAGCCUAAAACCCCAAACAGCAAGCAAUGCAGAUGUAGAAGCACGGUGGCUAGGAAAAAUUCCCUAGAAAGGCAGAAACCUAGGAAGAAACCUAGAGAGGAACCAGGCUGUGCCGGGUGGAGAUUAUAACAGUACAUGGCCAUUAAGGACAGAUUUUUCUCCAAGAUGUUCAAACGUUCAUAGAUGACCAGCAGGGUCAAAUAAUAAUCACAGUGGUUGUAGAGGUUGCAACAGGUCAGUACAUCAGGAGUAAAUGUUAUUAGCUUAGUAUAGGGGAGUGUACACUAGAUAUAGAGGAGUGUACACAAGAUAUAGGGGAGUGUACACUAGAUAUAGGGGAGUGCACACUAGAUAUAGGGGAGUGCACACUAGAUAUAGGGGAGUGUACACUAGAUAUAGGGGAGUGUACACUAGAUAUAAGGGAGUGUUCAAUAGAUAUAGGGGAGUGUACACUAGAUAUAGAGAAGUGUACACUAGAUAUAUCAGAGUGUACACUAGAUAUAGGGGAGUGCACACUAGAUAUAGGGGAGUGCACACUAGACAUAUGAGUGUACACUAGAUAUAGGGGAGUGUACACUAGAUAUAGGGGAGUGUACACUAGAUAUAGGGGAGUGUACACUAGAUAUAAGGGAGUGUUCAAUAGAUAUAGGAGAGUGUACACUAGAUAUAGGAGAGUGUACACUAGAUAUAGAGGAGUGUUCAAUAGAUAUAGGGGAGUGUUCAAUAGAUAUAGGGGAGUGUACACUAGAUAUAGAGGAGUGUUCAAUAGAUAUAGGGGAGUGUACACUAGAUAUAGGGGAGUGUACACUAGAUAUAGGGGAGUGUACAAUAGAUAUAGGGGAGUGUACACUAGAUAUAGAAGAGUGUACACUAGAUAUAGAAAAGUGUAAACUAGAUAUAGGGGAGUGUUCAAUAGAUAUAGGAGAGUGUUCAAUAGAUAUAGGGGAGUGUACACUAGAUAUAGAAGAGUGUAAACUAGAUAUAGGGGAGUGUAAACUAGAUAUAGGGGAGUGUACACUGCAUCGCAGUGCUAGCUGUGCCACUAGAGAUCCUGGUUCGAAUCCAGGCUCUGCUGUAGCCGGCUGCAACCGGGAGACCAAUGGGGCGGCGCACAAUUGGCCCAGCGUCGUCCAGGGUAGGGGAGGGAAUGGCCGGCAGGGAUGUAGCUCAGUUGGUAGAGCAUGGCGUUUGCAACGCCAGGGUUGUGGGUUCGAUUCCCACGGGGGGCCAGUAUGAAAAAAAAAUAAAGAAUAAUGUAUGCACUAACUGUAAGUUGCUCAGGAUAAGAGCAUCUGCUAAAUAAUGUAAAAUGUAAAAAAAAAUGUAAACUAGUGUACACUAGAUAUAGGGGAGUGUACACUAGAUAUAGGGGAGUGUUCAAUAGAUAUAGGGGGAGUGUACACUAGAUAUAGGGGAGUGUUCAAUAGAUAUAGGGGAGUGUACACUAGAUAUAGGGGAGUGUACACUAGAUAUAGGGAAGUGUACACUAGAUAUAGGGAAGUGUACACUAGAUAUAGGGAAGUGUACACUAGAUAUAGGGGAAGUGUACACUAGAUAUAGGGGAGUGUACACUAGAUAUAGGGGAGUGUACACUAGAUAUAGGGAGUGUACACUAGAUAUAAGGGGAGUGUACAAUAGAUAUAGGGGAGUGUACAAUAGAUAUAGGGGAGUGUACACUAGAUAUAGGGGAGUGUACACUAGAUAUAGGGGAGUGUACACUAGAUAUAGGGGAGUGUACACUAGAUAUAGGGGAGUGUACACUAGAUAUAGGGGAGUGUACACUAGAUAUAGGGGAGUGUACACUAGAUAUAGGGGAGUGUACACUAGAUAUAGGGGAGUGUACACUAGAUAUAGGGGAGUGUACACUAGAUAUAGGGGAGUGUACACUAGAUAUAGGGGAGUGUACACUAGAUAUAGGGGAGUGUACACUAGAUAUAGGGGAGUGUACACUAGAUAUAGGGGAGUGUACACUAGAUAUAGGGGAGUGUACACUAGAUAUAGGGGAGUGUACACUAGAUAUAGGGGAGUGUACACUAGAUAUAGGGGAGUGUACACUAGAUAUAGGGGAGUGUUCAAUAGAUAUAGAGAAGUGUACACUAUAUAUAGGGGAGUGUACACUAGAUAUAGGGGAGUGUACAAUAGAUAUAGGGGAGUGUACACUAGAUAUAGGGGAGUGUACACUAGAUAUAGAGAAGUGUACACUAUAUAUAGGGGAGUGUACAAUAGAUAUAGGGGAGUGUACACUAGAUAUAGGGGAGUGUACAAUAGAUAUAGGGGAGUGUACACUAGAUAUAGGGGAGUGUACACUGGAUAUAGGGGAGUGUUCAAUAGAUAUAGGGGAGUGUACACUAGAUAUGAGAGUGUACACUAGAUAUAGGGGAGUGUUCAAUAGAUAUAGGGGAGUGUACACUAGAUAUAGUGGAGUGUUCAAUAGCUAUAGAGGAGUGUACUCUUUCAACUGGACAUAGUUCUCUACCACAUUGCUAUACGAUGUGUAAUACUCUAGAAUACUGAUCUAUCUGGAAGUUCCAACCCUAAUGGUUGCUUUUGACACUACAGUCAAUAUGUCCGAUAGCGGCUGUAAUAUACAGAGGCAAUAAGGAUCUGGGAAAACAUGAAAUGUUGAUGGACACAGAGCAUGAACUUAUGACCCCCCAUGAUCCAUCCCAUGACCACAUGAUGUCCAGAUAGUUACAUCACAUGUAUUGUUGUGUGUGUGUGUUGUUGUGUGUGUGUGUGUAUUGUUAUGUGUGUGUGUGUGUGUGUGUUAUGUGUGUGUGUGUAGUUAUGUGUGUGUAUUGUUAUGUGUGUGUGUGUGUGUUGUUGUGUGUGUGUAUUGUUGUGUGUGUGUUGUUGUGUGUGUGUUAUGUGUGUGUGUGUAGUUAUGUGUGUGUGUUGUUGUUGUUAUAUGUGUGUGUUGUUAUGUGUGUGUAUUGUUAGGUGUGUGUGUGUGUGUGUGUAUAUUGUUAUGUGUGUGUGUGUGUGUGUGUUGUUGUGUGUGUGUGUGUUGUUAUGUGUGUGUGUUGUUGUGUGUGUUGUUGUGUGUGUUGUUGUGUGUGUGCUCGCCUCAGUCCACCACGUCCACAGUUCUACAUACCCAUAAAUACCCAGUGAUGUGUCCCCUACACAGUGAUAGCAGCUCUCCGCCUGGCAGCCCAUAGAUACCCAGUGAUGUGUCCCCUACACAGUGAUAGCAGCUCUCUGCCUGGCAGCCCAUAGAUACCCAGUGAUGUGUCCCCUACACAGUGAUAGCAGCUCUCUGCCUGGCAGCCCAUAGAUACCCAGUGAUGUGUCCCCUACACAGUGAUAGCAGCUCUCUGCCUGGCAGCCCAUAGAUACCCAGUGAUGUGUCCCCUACACAGUGAUAGCAGCUCUCUGCCUGGCAGCCCAUAGAUACCCAGUGAUGUGUCCCCUACACAGUGAUAGCAGCUCUCUGCCUGGCAGCCCAUAGAUACCCAGUGAUGUGUCCCCUACACAGUGAUAGCAGCUCUCUGCCUGGCAGCCCAUAGAUACCCAGUGAUGUGUCCCCUACACAGUGAUAGCAGCUCUCUGCCUGGCAGCCCAUAGAUACCCAUUGAUGUGUCCCCUACACAGUGAUAGCAGCUCUCUGCCUGGCAGCCCAUAGAUACCCAUUGAUGUGUCCCCUACACAGUGAUAGCAGCUCUCUGCCUGGCAGCCCAUAGAUACCCAUUGAUGUGUCCCCUACACAGUGAUAGCAGCUCUCUGCCUGGCAGCCCAUAGAUACCCAUUGAUGUGUCCCCUACACAGUGAUAGCAGCUCUCUGCCUGGCAGCCCAUAGAUACCCAUUGAUGUGUCCCCUACACAGUGAUAGCAGCUCUCUGCCUGGCAGCCCAUAGAUACCCAUUGAUGUGUCCCCUACACAUGUGACAUGUUAGAAUGAGGAUGGAAAGACUAUGCACUCCAAAUGGCACCCUAUUCCCAUAGAGCACCGGUCAAAAGUAGUGCACUACAUAGGGAAUAGGGGGUGGCAUUUGGGGCGUACCCAGCGAAGCUUGGCUCCCGGGGGAUAGCUUCACCUCCCCCUCCACCUGAAAUAAUCCUCCUGCCUCCUGUUAACAACGGGACUGCUAAUUAACUGUGGAGCCGCUGGCGCUGCAGUGUUGCAGCUGCUGUUUGGAGACGCCGUGAGCCCCUGGGACCUAUCAGUUACCCCAGAUAGGAAGCUCAGGUGGCGGGGAGAGGGCCUGGCCUAUGGGGCCUGAGCCGGUUAUGAGAUCUGAUGUCUUCGGUUUCACCAUUUUCACUGCAGUUCUGAUGCCUGGAACCGGAAACUCUAUCCCUCAGGAGCAGGAUGUCAUGUUGGCUUCAAACACACGUCCUCCUCGGUUUGAUUGUGUGUCAUGUUCUGUUUCCAGAUCACCCAUUACACAUAG